CUAAUUUUGAAUUUGGACGAGACAACAGGAUGGAUAUGGCAGUCACGAAGAGCGGUACGGGAGCUAGAGAGGGAGCUGGACUCCCUGCGACUCGUGUGGAGGAGAAGGAUAACACGGCGGUGCGGGCGGCCGAGCUGGGCCAGGCGCUCCUGAGAGAGAACGAGGCUCUGGAAGAGAGACAGAACCAAGUGAACAAGGAGGCCACUCUGAAAAUAGAGGCAAGGGAUAUCCUCCGACUGUUUUAUCUGAUCCUCUCUGCCCCCCCCCCCGGCAGGAGCUGGAGCAGGAGAGGUUCUCCCUGCAGCAGAAGAUGGAGUGCCAGAAGGCGGCGUUGCAGGCGGUACAACACGAGGCAGAGUCUGCCAAGGCUGACCUCCGACAAGAGUUUGAGAUGAGGGAGGAGCACCUCAAACAGGGCCACUCCAAGAAGGUGACUGAGACGGAGCUACUGCUGUUUGACCUGAGAGGGGAGAACGAGAGACUGGAGACCCAGGUCAAGUCCGCCAGAGACAAGGCCGCAGGGCUGGAGGAGAGACUCAGGGAGAUGGCCGAACAGGCAGAUAGUGCCGCAGAGUCUUUUCACCUCCAGCCAGAGAUCAGGGAGAUGGAGAUGAUGUGUAGGCAAGAGAGGAGUGAGAGAGAAGAGGCUCAGGCCCAGUUAGCCAGUCUCCAAGAGGACUACAGACUGCUGGAGAUGGAGUUGGAGGAGGCAGCGGGGAAGGUGGAGAGACUGACUGACGAGUGUCAGGAGAGAUCCGACCAGGCCAACCAGUGGUACAAGACACUUCAGGCCAGUAAGGAGCAGGUGCUGGAGCUGAAUGCCAAGCUGGAGUCUCUGAGAAUGGAGAGAGGGAACAGUCGCGGGUCCGCUGGAAACUCCCUCUUCGGAGAAGUGGAUGACAGGAGACUUCAGGUGGAGAGAAAGUACGUGUCUCUUCAGGUGAAACACGACAGUCUUGAGAAACGACACAACUCCAUGUCCCAGCAGUACAAGAGACUCAAGGCAGAGAUGUCGUCUCUCCUGUGUCAGUUCAGUGUGGUGGGGGGCAGAUGCAGCCCACAUAAAGAGACUGGAGGUGGCUCUGAGACAGGCUCAGUCCGAGAAGGAAUCCCUCGUCACCAAACUACACAAACUUGAGAAACAACAGGCGAGUGUGUUGGCAAGUCAGGAGAGGCUGCAGUAUGUGGCUGCAUUCGGUGACAAGAAAGAGUACAUUGCCAUCAUUGAGACUCAGCUCAGGAACGCCAGGAAGGAGAACAGUUCCCUGACGAAGGAGAAGGAGAUGAAGGGGCUCCAGCUGGUGUGGGAGACACAGAAACUACGGGAGACGGAGGGAAAACUCCACCGCAAGGAGCAGGAGAUGGCACGCGGCCAGAAAGAGGUCUCGGUCUUCAAAAUGAGGCUCCACGAAAUGCAGGAGAAUCUGGAUAAAGCUGAGUCAAGUUGCAAGCAGCAGGAGGCCCAAGUCCAGUUGUUGGAGAGGGAGCUGGAACAACAGCAAUCAUUACGGGGACCCUCUCGCAGAAAGAAGCACCAUCCCUCACCAAGACUCCUCUGCCACCUCUUCUUCUUCCAGGGACCCUAGCACAGGUCUCAGUAGCAGUAGAGACCAACAGUCCCAGUCUCUAGCUGGAGAACUGGCAGACUGUGACGAGAGUGUCCGAGAGGGGAAGGUGGUAGUAGAGGGAGGAGGUGGAGGUGGGAAAGAGAAGGAGAACAGAGUGACAAAGUCCCCCAAGAGAGAGGGAAGGAGGAGGAGUGUCAAAUUGGGAGCUAUCAGUUUCCUGGAGGAGGUUGAGAGGGAGUUUGAGAAAAAGGCCAGCCAGCAGGCUCCCGUGAAAAACACACAGACUGCUCUCUAUGGAAACAGACUCAAGGGUGGUUACUGUGGUGCACCCGUGUAUCCAAGGGGCACUGGACAAGGCUCGAAAGCCAACCAAUGUCCACAGCAAUAAUGUUAUGUA